AUCACCUCAUUACUGCAAAGCAAUCAUAAACUUCCACAUCUCAAUCAUCCCCUCAUACUACCAUGCGCUCCACUCUCAUCGUCGCUGUCCAUUACGCCGGUGCCUCCGUCUUCAUCUACGAGAAGUCGGAUGGUACGCUGGUCUUUUAUGAAAUCGUUCGCGGAGGUGUCCAGGUGCCCACGAGCCCUUCGUCGUCGUCGCAAGUUAGAAAGGAGCUGCCCGCGGCCUCGGCCCGGCCCGUCGUUCUGCAGGCGGCGGUCACCGGUCUGAGGUCGGUCGAGAGGGGCUUGAAGAGGCUCGGUUCCAUCGUCACUGGAAGGCGCAAGAUGCCGGCGGUCGUCGAGAUCAAGGUCGAGGUCGAGGUCAAGGUCGAGGAGGAGGUGCAGGAGAUGGACUGGGAUAUGGUGCUCGGUGAGGGUCAAGCGACGGUGGAGAGGAGGAAGGCGAUGAAGAAGGGCGUAAUGGGGUCGAGGAAGGCUAUGGUGGAGAGGAAGGGAGCGAUUCGGCGGGCAGGUCAGGUUGAUGUCUAAGGGCGUCGGAGUGGGGGCGCAGGUGGAACUUCGCACUGCACUUCUUUAGAUUUUACAGAUUCCAGGGACCAGGGACCAGGGACCGGCGACCAGGCUUCAAGAGACUCUGAUGCGCUGAUAUUUGUUUUCGGCUCUACUAAUCGCUUUGCUCUUCUUUUCAGGUCUUGGCUUGGCUUGGUUUCGGCUCCGGUUUCUAGCUUCGGUCUCUUGCGCUGGUCGCAAGGGGGCGCGAGGUUCGAGGGGUUGGAGGUGCGCGGAUAUCGUUUGUGCAUGGAUGAUGUUCGCGGUAUCUUUGACUCUCGGCCCUCGUGCCCCCGGAGAGCGCGCGCCCGAUUGCGAACACAGUCGGGCGCGUGCAUCUCACCCCAACUCCCUCACUGACACACAUCUCUCUAGGUGCCGAACGCGCUUUACUGAAUGUUGAGUUUUUCUUAGGAAUUUCAAGUUCGUUGUCGACGCUCCGGGAUGGGACUGGGUCGGGCAAUGGAAUGGAAUGUUAUAACAGCGUCAUGUAUCUCUCUGCGCUCAGUGUCUCCCG